UAAGUUGAGAAAUUCAGCAGAAAUUUCUGACCAAUGAGAUGAUCUGAUACGUAUGCGGUAUGGUUGUUAGUCACGUGACACGAAGGAUAACAUGGCGGGCCUCGGUGAGGGGGAGGUGCGAGUUGUGGAAACUUUACGGGUUAAAAUCGGGGAAGGAAAGAACUUUGGUGCCAACACAGGCCCAGUGGGGACCAGGGACACCUUCUGUACUGUCAGCCUCGACCAGGAAGAGGUGGUCAGAACAAAAACUGUGGAAAGGGCACAGAGUGCCUUCUUUGGAGAGGAGUUCCAGUUUGAGGUCCCCAGACCGUUCCGUGUGUUGUCAUUCUACCUGUAUGAAAAAGACCUCUUGAAAAGAGACAGUUGCUUGGGCAAGGCUUGCAUCAGGAAGGAGGAACUGAACAGAUACCAUGGCAAGGACCACUGGUUCUCUCUCACACAUGUGGACCAGGACUCGGAAGUACAGGGACAAGUUCAUGUGGAAGUCAAGUUGACAGAGACUAUGGAAGAUGCGGGGAAAACUGUCUUCAAAGUCUCAGCAAGAGUUUUAGAAUGUAGUGGCCUGGCCAUCAUCAAUGGCUGUUGCGAUCCCUAUGCAAAUGUUACAUUCUGUACACCAAAUAGAACAGAAAACAAGAAGACCAAAGUACGAAAGAAGACAACAGACCCUCACUUUGAUGAAACUUUUUAUUUUGAGCUUAACCGACCAAGUCCAAGUCCGGACAACAGAUUCAGCAUAGUGGAUGAAGACAUAGACAAGACAGAACUCAGGGUUAGCCUUUGGCACUCCAGCAACUACUACAAGUUUGCAGAUGUAUUCCUUGGCGAAGUUAAGAUUCCUUUAAGUACUUUGGACAUGACCAGGCCACAGAAGCUGCACAAGGCAUGGUACCUGCUCCAGCCCCGAGACAGCACCCGACCAAGCAAGCCGUGCCAGGGUUCUCUUCGGCUCAACAUCAACUACACAGAGGACCACAUCUUCCCUUCCCACUACUACGACUCUCUCUGCAACCUGCUGCUAAAAUCUCCAGAUGUAGAUCCCUUGUCCUCCAGUGCAGUUAACAUCUAUGGAGAAGUGAUGAAGGAUAAGUUGGAGGAUGCUGCCAGACCGUUGGUCAGACUAUUCCUGCAUCAUGGCACCCUACUGCCUCUCAUCUCGGCCCUUGCUGACCGGGAAGUUGCUAAGAUGACGGAUCCCAACACCCUGUUCCGAGGGAACUCGCUGCUGACCAAGUGUGUAGAUGAAGUCAUGAAGCUAACAGGGAUGCACUACCUUCACCUCACUAUCAAAAAACACAUUGAUGAUGUGUGUGAAGACCACAAGCCAUGUGAAAUAGAUGCCACUAGAGUCAAGGAAGGGGAAAAUCUUCAGAUCAACUUGGAAAACCUGAGAGUAUACGUUGAGAGAAUGUUCAAAUCGAUCACAGAAUCUGCGCGACUGUGCCCUACCAUCAUGUCUGAAGUCUUCUUCACUUUGAAGGAGUCGGCUAUUCGCCACUUCCCAGAUGUGAAUGAUGUACGAUACACGGCAGUCAGCGGGUUUGUGUUUCUGAGACUUUUCGCUCCUGCCAUCCUGGGGCCAAGGUUGUUCCAGCUACGGGAAGAACACCCAGACCCCACCACCGCCAGAACACUGACACUGAUUUCCAAGACAAUCCAGAGCCUGGGAAACCUGGCCAACUCUUCCUCUGUAAGCCCCGGUCUGAAGGAGGCCUACAUGUCCAAUAUCUACGAUUGCUUUGCUAAGAAGGAAUACUCAGAUGCAGUCAAAACAUUCCUUGAUGUAAUUUCCUCCACUGGCCGGCCACACUCAAGAAGUAUAGACACACCUGUUGUCUUAAAGGAAAGCUUGAUGAUCAAGAGAGCACAGGGUAGGACGAGGUUUGGGCUGAAGAACUUCAAGAGAAGAUGGUUCUGUCUUACCAAUAAGGACCUCACUUACGCCAAGUCAAAAGAGCUGGAGAGAAAUCUGGGCACAGCUUAUCGCCUGAGACGAACAGGCUGCACUAGAAUCCUGCUGGGGGAGCCUCCUCUCUGUAAGAUUCCUGUGGAAGACAUCCUUGCAGUAGAAAGCUUACAAGAAGAGUCCUUCAAGAUGAAAAAUAUGUUCCAGGUAGUGCAACCCCAGCGAGCCUUGUACAUCCAGGCAAACAACUGUGUAGAAGCCAAAGAAUGGAUUGACAUUUUGAACAAAGUGAGCCAGUGUAACAAAAAAAGGUUGAAGACCUACCAUCCUGCUGCCUAUGUCAACUGUCACUGGUUAUGCUGCAAAGAAGGAAACGAAAAUGCAACAGGCUGCACCCCUGUUACUGGGGGUGUACCUACAGAUAUCAAGUUGGACAUUGACUCAGACAGGGAAAUGGAGAGGAUACACUCCUUCUUUCUUACACACAGGGACCGCUUGGAGAAAUUGGAAGUGUACCUCUAUGACAUGUGUGGAGAGGAAGCUGUGUACAGUGGCACCCCUCCAACCCCUCGAACAACCACCUACAUCAUAGAGGACCCCAAAACAUGCUUUGAGACACUAAGAAGUAUUAUGGACUGCAUUAUCAAGCUGGAACAAGAACACAUCGAGUACUACAAGGCAUUAGCCAAGAGCACCAAAUAUGGCAGCGAACAAAAACCUAUUGGAGGGGAUGGUGUGAAACCAAAUGAGCUGGAAGAUUCCAUGGAGGGGGAAUAGGGGAGCAAUAUUGUGUACAUGUAUAUAACAGGCCCAGGGUAUCAAAUGGAGAAAGGCACCAGCAACUGAGCAUGCUACCGCAAGGACCUUUGAAUAGGACAGUCUUUGGUUUGUAUUAUACUUUUUACAGGACAUGCCUUCAGAGGAUGUUGCCACUAUGUAAUUUUGAAAUUAGAUUCUAUAUGUCAAAACCACUGGUAGCUCUUUUGAAUUUGAAAUGUCAAAAUCAGUUUCUGACACUGAUUUUUCUUAGAAUUUAGACCACUUUGUUGUAUGUAUUAUACAUAUUUUCUUUUUUUUACAAUUUGAUAAGUCAAUUUAUGAUGUUGUAGAAAAACAAUAGAACAAAGCAAGACAUGUAAUUGUUACAUAAACAUUUCACACCAUUAUUAUAACUCCUAUUGCACAUUCAGUUCUAGUAUUUUCCAUAAGAUGCAGUUGACAUGGCUUGAAAAAUCAAAGACUUGAUCUGCUAUCUGUUAGUCCAAGUGUAUCAACCCUGACAAUAAGUAAUUAAGGUGUUUUAAUUGUUAUUCUCUGAUAGACCACAGUCAAAUCAAAUAUGUGUGCAAUGAGAUCAGAAGUUUUCAACUCUGAAUCAAGUCAAUUUAGGAGCCAUAUGACAGUAAAUCAAAACUAGGAAAAAUCAUGUGUACUUAAAAGGAAAAGAGCCAGUAACAAACAUUUUCUACCAUCAUUCUUUUUCUGAAACUGCCAUCAGUAAUGCAUAUCCUGUUUGCUGAGAUGUAUGCCCGUCAAUACUACACAUUCUAUAACUUAUCAUGUUACAGACACUAACUGCAUUAAAUUUUGUGUUUUGUUUUGUUUUGUUUGAUAUCUGCAUGUCAUUACGGACAAUUUUAAGGAUUUUAAUCAAACUGUAAGGUUUUAGCAAUGAUUGUACAUAUCAAGUUAUGGUUAUUGUGUUGAUAGGCAAUUCAGGACUUAGGCAUGGAACUCUUUUGAGUACCACAUAUCUGUUACUGAUUUACUUAAAAUUAGUUUUAUUGUGAAAAAAUGCUUUGAAUCAUUACUCAAGGACAUAAAAAUUGCUAUUUCAUCUUGUGCAACCCUGGUCUUAACUUUUUCCAAGUAACUGUUACUAUUUGUGAUAAUCUGUCAUAUCUUAGCACAGAAGUGAGAUUGUGCAACACAAAUGAUGCAAAGGGCAAAAAUCAACAUUCUUUCUAAACAAACUUGUAUAUAUCAUGUAAAUAUAGAGAUAUCUGCAUUGUGUGCAUGUAAAGUUGUAGAUAGAAAUCCAUGUAUGCCACCAAAAGUGAAAUGUGAUCGAAUGGAACAUUUUGUGAUAUGUUGAUGUAAGGUAGAGGGAUUUUUCUUUUGCAAUUGUAAUGUGUUACUGAUGAGAUGUUGAAUAUAAAAAAAAAUGAAUCUUUGA